CGUUUGCUGCUGUUGUUCUGUUAUUCUAGUCGUUCUAGUUUGAUGAUAAAGAUAAGUAAACAUGGCGGCCAUGAAAGUUUUGAAUAGGAAUUUACCAUAUAUAAGACAACAGUUAUUAGCUCUCGUAGGGAACACCAGUGUAUUUGUGAAGUUUAUUUGUGUUGCUGUUAUUGUUACGUACUUUUUGUCAUUUUCUGAAGAGGCUGUGAAAGUUAUAAGUGUAACUCCAGGUUUCCUUCUACCUCCAGUGUUUUGGAUAUGGACAGCAUUUACAUUUUGCUUCUUGGAAAUUCAUUUUUGGGAAGUCUGUGUUGACAUUAUUACUGUAGGGUUGUGUGGGAAAUUAAUUGAACCACUAUGGGGUGCAUUCGAAAUGAUGACUUUCUUUGCAAUUGUCAAUGUAGGAGUAGCUUUGUUAAGCUCGGUAUUUUAUUUGCUAUUGUACAUGUGCACAUUUAACACAGACUUGUUGUUUUCAAUUCAGAUCCAUGGACUUUCAGGAUACAUAGCAGGAAUUUCAGUCGCUGUAAAGCAAAUUAUGCCUGACCAUUUGAUUGCAAAGACGCCUUUGGGAAAGAUAUCAAACAAGAACAUACCUAUGUUGAUUCUAUUUAUUUAUAUUUGCCUGUGGUUGUUAGGGUUGUGUGAAAGAACUAAUCCAACUAUGUUUGCAUCUGGACUUCUUGUUAGUUGGAUAUAUUUGCGAUUCUAUCAGUAUCACACAAAUGGAUCAAGAGGGGAUAUGGCAGACAAUUUUACUUUUGCAAGCUUCUUUCCGAACGUCUUGCAGCCGCCAAUUGGUGUUGUGAGCAAUACAGUUUACAGCGGAUUAGUUCGGAUCGGACUUUGCCGAAAGACUGUGAGAAAGUUUGACCUCGCCGCUGCUCCUACUGGUGUCACUGUCACGCUGCCAGGAAACGACCCUCAAGAUAUGGAAAGGAGAAGGCAAAUAGCUUUGAAAGCACUCAGUGAACGGCUCAGCAAAGUUGAACAUCCGCAGGUUAAAUCCCAACGAGUGAAAGGUGACACGACCAUAUCAAUACCAGUGUUACCACUACCAACGACACCACUAAUCCCGCCAGCAGUUACAGCAAUAAACAUGGACGCCUCACCGGCUCCGUCCACUAACACGUGAUCAGACACUACUAACAGUGAGACAAAAGAGACUAUCGUAUGUGAUCUACGAGAUAUUUGAGUGGUCUCGUAAAACUUGAAGACGUUAAGGAUUUAUCUGUGUUAUAAUCAUGUUCAUCUAUUUAGUGUUACAAAGAUAUAUUGUUGAAUCUUUGAAAGUAUAACGUUUUUAGACGUGUAUAAAGUAUUUAUAAUUUUAAUAGUGUUAGAUUUGUGUGAAAAGAAGAAGUUCUUGAGAAGCCCUGGCAUAAGGUGAGGUAAUAGUUACUCAUUUUGAAGUGGAAGUUAUUUAGUUUGGAUUUUUUCGACAACUAAAAGUACUUGACCGUUGAUUGUUGUUUAUUUUUAUCAAACUAUAGCUUUAUGUCAUUCACUUUACACCGAUUAGCCUUCAAAAAAUGUUUGUUAUGUAUUGAAAUAAUAGCGACACUGUUUUUUAAUAUGUGUGCAUUUCCUUUGUAAAAAGUAUCUAGUGAUUAUUCUUGUCAUUUUAUAGGUUUGGAUGUUUUAAGUUUUAUAAACGGUCUAUUAAAGGUGUAUUUUUUAGUGAAUGUUGGUGAAUGUAUCGCUGUUGCAUCAUCUAUCUUAUUUCAUAUUAAUACUUAUUGUGGCCUCUUACAUUUUAUACUCUUUAAUAUUAAAUUUACCUCUUAUAAGGAACAUUUAUUAUAUUUUUAAAUUUACACAUACACCUUAAGAUAUUAAUUUUCUGUUUGUUGAUAGUGCCAGCAUAUUCUGAUGUUAUGAAGAUAUUAUUCGUCAAAAGCAUUCAAAGGCAGAAUAUAUGAUAUUUUUUAAAUAUUUUAAGACAACCUACUUUGGGCAAUCUACUCCCCAUUUUCCUUAUAUUCCCUAUAAAUCAGUACUGAAUAGGCUGUUUUCUAGAGGUGUCAACUAUUCAUUGAUACUUUAUUUUAAUUUAAGUUUUUAUUUAAUAAAUGGUCCUGUUUAAAGAACAGUUUUGAUCCUGGUCAGUAACAAAGUUACAGUAGCUAUCAUAUCAAUCAACCAUUUAAAUUAAAUAUAAAAUCUAUGAUUCUAAACCAUCAUUGCAUUCAUAUUCUGCUUACAAUACUCCUCUAGGUUUCUUUAAAUAAUAAAAUGGAGAAAAAGUAGUAGGACUUCAACUCUUAUAAUAGGAUUCUUGCUCCUGUACCAGAUUACUAACCAUGUCCCACUACCUUAAAAUAUUUUGAUGUUUACCCUUAGGAAUCAAGAAUUUUUUAGUCCACAAUUUGUCCCUUGUAUUCUUAUAUGGAGAUUAAACAGCUCAAAAGUCAUGUAACUUCUUGAUAACAAUAUUCAAACUGAACUAAGCCGGGUUUUCCUAGACGCGGAAGAGGAGCGCGGAGAGCGGAAAAGCGAUUAACAUGGCGUUCCGCUCCGCUUCUAGAAAACAGUAACAUAAAAUUACCUAAGAAAAGAGGAGUCCGUUCUCCGCGUUCCUCUCUCCGCGCUCCGCUCCGCGCCUAGGACAGCCCAGCUUUAGAUUGACGCCACAGUAAUGUUUGGGGGGAAUCAACAAUAAUGGAUGAGAUUAGCCUGGUCCUAAAAUAAAACUCUUCUACAUCACAAAAAUUCAAAUUUAUGCUUUCAUUUUACAAUGCUUAGCUACCACAUGACUACUUUCUGGCCACAAUUUUUAACCUAUCCCUUGUAUAAUAAUUAUUUUCCUUUAUGAAUAUAUGUAUAAUAAAGUGUACAGAUGUAUCUCAAUAACUUAGAAGAUAAGCUGAUGUAAAUAGAUUUAUUAAUGUUGAGCCUUAUUAGAUAACUGCUAGGCACCAAAAAGUUGUAAUCUUUUAAAUUUGCUUUUUUAUUCAAUAAACCUUUUUCCAAAAUGUUA